AUGUCGUCCAACAACACCUCGGCCAGUGUCUCCAUCGAUAAGUUCGAUGGGGACAACUACUCAACCUGGUGUCGCUACAUGCGCGGCGUGUUUCUGACGAAGUCAGUCUGGUACGUCGUGAACCGCGAAACGUCUCCAACCUUCACCGACACGCGAGCUUCCGACGAGUACGUCAAGGCGAGCAACAUCGCGUUCGGGUUGAUGUUGCUCCACAUGGACGCCGACUACCACCAUGUGGUCGACAACUGUGAAGAAGCAUGGACAGCGUGGUCGCGGUUGAAGAUGCUCUAUGGUGGGUCGCAGAAGGCGGGACGCAUCUACCUCAAGCGCCAGCUGUUCAGCAUCAAGAUGGCGGAAGGUGCCAACGUCUUGCACCAUUGCAACGAAGUCUUGAACAUCGGCGCCAAGCUCAGCAGCAUCGGUGCCAAGAUGGAAGACGAAGACAUUGCGAUCUGCUUGCUGCUCAGUCUCCCGAAGAGUUUCGAGAACGUGGUUCUGAACUUGGAGAUGAGCAAUGCAGAGCUGCACACGCAAGAUGUGGUCAAGGUGCUGACUAACGAGCACAUCAAGCGACAAGGCGAGAAGAUGACAACGGCAACGACAACGGUGAAGACUGAAGAUGCGACAAAGGCAUUCAGUACCGAGCGCAAGCCCUACCAAUGCACAUACUGCGGCAAGGUGGGUCACACGGCAGAGCGUUGCUGGACGAAGCAAAAGGAUGAAAGUCGAGGAGCCCAACGCGGCGGCAAUGGUCGUGGACGCGGGGCAAACAAUGUCCAGUGGCGACAUUAUGAUGAAGGCAACAGCUACGAUCGAGUGGCGUUUGCAGUUUCGUUCGAAUGCGGAGUUUCGACGAACAAGAAUGGACCAGGAAUGUGGGCCGUUGACAGCGGGGCAACACAUCACAUCUGCCACGACAAGUUCAAGUUUGCAAGUUUGGUCGAAGGCAAUGAUGGCGAGAUCCUGGUGGCUGAUGGCAACAAGGCGGCCAUCAAAGGUGUGGGGACCAUCGUGGAAAAGGUGAUUCUGCCAAACGGGGAAGAGCGCGAGAUCGAGAUCAAGAACGCGCUCUAUGUGCCCAGCAUGAGCAAAAAUCUGCUCUCGGUGCCGCAGAUUAACAAGCACGGCAGCUUCCAAGUGGUGUUUGACGGGGAUACGAUGUACGUCGCUCGCAAGGAUUCCAAUCAAGUGGUGGCAGCUGCGGAUCUUGUAGACGGACUCUACUGGCUUCGCACGACGCAGCGAUCGGCCAAUGCGACAUCACUCAGCAACGCUGUUGAUCUACAUGCGCGAAUGGGCCAUGCUCCAGUCGACGUGCUUCGCAGGAUGGUGACAAGCCACAUGAUCAAGGACGCUCACAUCCCUUCCAAGCCGAAUGGAUCAAGUGUGUGUCGAGGAUGCCAAGAAGGGAAGAUGGUCCAAAAACCAUUCCCGAGCAACCGUGACAAGCGCACCUACAACACCUUCGAGAUGCUCCACUUCGACAUCUGCGGACCCAUGGAAGAAAAAUCUCUGGGUGGCAGCAAGUAUCUGCUGCUGAUCGUGGAUGAAGCCAGCGGAUGCAUGAAGGGUUUUUGUCUGCAUUCCAAGUCAGAGAGCGAAGAGUGCAUCAAGAAGUACAUCACGAUGAUACAGACACAGUUCAACAAGAAGGUCAAAUUUGUGCGACACGAUGGAGCCCGCGAGUUUGCGACGAACUCGCUCCAAGAUUUCUACGAAGUCGAAGGCAUCGAGCAACAAACCACGGUGCCAUACGCACAUCAAGCCAAUGGAACUGCUGAACGCGCGAUUCGAACUAUCGUCACCAUCGGUCGUAGCAUGCUCCAUCAUGCCAAGUUGGACAAGUGCUUCUGGGCUGAAGCGGCAAUGACUUGGCCGUCUAUGUGA